CCAGGUUGAAAGAGAUCAUGGAAUCCAUAUGCGGUGAUGUGCAUUGGUGUGUGAGUGUGAUGAAGAAGCCAGAAAAAGCCCCUCGUUUCCAUUCCAUCCACUUCCCGGCAAAACAUCUGCUCGAAGAACGCUCUUUUGAGCUCUGUUUCUACCUCUUGCCGGCUCUACCUUCUGCCUCGAGUAAACCAUCGAGUUAGUUUAGUGGUUGUGUCGCGAUGAUGAGGUCACAUAGUGAUCGAGUGAGAUUCACUGAAUUACCUCCAAACCGCGGAAGUUUGUGAAAUUUCGUGGAUUUUGCAGUAAAGAGGGAGAGUGAGAGAGCUACUAACAAUGAGGCUCUUGAAGACAUCGCUGUGGAUUCUGGUGAUCCAGAUCCUGACAAUUGUCAUAGCAAGAUCGCAUCAUCCGCGUCGUGAGUGGAUGCGAUCGGAAGUGAUGGAUGCUAAUGGACUGUAUCUGAUGGAGUGGAGUGUUGAAGCCAAAGAAAUCAUUUUUAGGAUUACAGUGAACACACGAGGAUUUAUCGGAUUGGGAUUUUCUUACAAGACUGGAAAAAUGGCAAAUUCAGAUUUGGUUUUAGCAUGGAUUGACGAUAGAUCAGGAAAGGCUCAUAUUCUGGAUUGUCACGGACCAUCCAAUGGAAAUAGCGCUCCAAUUCAGGAUGACACUCAGAACUAUGUGGUCGAGGAGGGCUCUCAGAAUGCCACCCACACUCAGAUUCAAUUUCGCCGAAGCUUGGAGACAUGCGAUCCACACGAUUUACCACUUGGUGGCAACACUCUGAAGGUUUUAUGGGCUUUUGGAGAUGAAGAUCCCAUACAUGGGGAUCUACGAGGUCAUGGCCAUAAUCGAGGUGCCAAAUCAUUGCACUUGACUGGACCGCAAUUUAGAAAGCCGACCACCAUCAAGGAUCUAAGGCAGUGGGAUGUUACAGUGAAAAAUGUUUCUGUGGAAUCGAAUAUGGACACACUGUACUGGUGUAAGAUUCUCAAAGCGCCUGUUCUGCACGAUAAGCACCACAUAAUCGGAUACGAAGCUCUCCUGACCAAAGAAAGUUCUACGAAGAAACCACUUGUUCACCACAUGACACUCUUUGAGUGCUCCACAUCUUCCUAUCCAGGUUCCGAUCCACACUCCUGGGAUGUGUGGGUGAAGAGCAAUGGUGCUGUAUGUAAUAGCAAUCUCCUGACACCUCGUGAUUGGGAUUCUUGCAUCACUCCUGUGGCUGUGUGGGCUGUAGGGGCCUCUGGACAAUUUUUACCAGAACAUGUUGGUAUCCCUCUCGGAGGAAGGCAUUCGGCCAAAUAUUACAUGCUGGAGAUUCACUAUGACAAUCCACGAGCCAAAAGAGUAAUUGAUCAUUCGGGCUUUCGAAUUCACUACACGCGCCAGCUGAGGAGAAACGACGCCGGAAUGAUGAUUUCAGGAGUGUCCAUCUCCGAUACGCAAAUGAUUCCACCGGGUCAGAAACUCUAUCGAAAUGUUGGCAUCUGCGGACCUUCCUGUACCGGUGCCAUAUUUCCCGAUACUGGCAUCAAACUCAUCUCGGCCACCCUUCAUUCUCACGUGGCCGGAAGGCGGAUGAAAUUGAGGCACGUGCGCGACGGUCAAGAACUCGAGAGAAUAAUCGAGGAUGACAACUACGAUUUUAGCUAUCAGCAAGUGCGUCAGUUUGCAAAUGAAACUACUGUUCUCCCAGGAGACUACCUCAUCACUGACUGUGCCUACGAGACAAUUGGUCGCAAACGUCCCACUCUUGGAGGGUACUCGACGAAGCAGGAGAUGUGCCUAUCUUUCAUCACGUACUACCCCCGGAUUGACUUGGCUGGAUGCUACAGCAUGACUCCCGUGAAGGAAUUUUUUGAAACCUUCGGGGUGUAUCAAUUUUAUUCAAUGAACAUGACGGAUGUUGAAAAUUUAUUUCUUUACAACGGUAACAUCCUGGAUUUGCUUCCGACUACAAUAUUUCCCAACUAUCCUCCCGGAGGAAAUGUCGAUGACGAAGAAAAUAGAAAAGCUAUUGAAGCACUGAAAAAUGCCAAAGAAUAUAGUUUUGUGGAUGAGGAGGAUAUACUCUAUCAGGAAUCAAUACUAAAUAAACUUAUUAUAUCUGAUCCAGUUGAGUUUCAUGAUAGGACAUUUCUCUCACAUCUCAAUCAACUUCCGUGGUCAGAGCCACUUUUCACCAGACGCGUGGAGCAGACAAUUCUCACAGGAAAACAUAUGACUUUCUGCCGAGUGUCCAAUGAAUCAAUUUCAAUUGCAAGUGAAAUCCUCAAGUUUCCUAAUUUUACGACGUUCAUCAAGCCACCGAGUCACUGUCCAUAUCACUUUAGUGUGGAGGAUAUCCUAUCAUCAAGCAGUCCUCAUGUGAAGACAGAAGUUCUUCUGUUGCUGAUCUCUCUGAUAUUCAUCAUGCUCACGUAUUAGUCAUUUCCAAACGCCUCAUUCUUUGUGUGUAAUUUAUUAUUUAUUCGCGACUUGUAUAUUUUUAUCCGUCACCGUGUCAGGAUGAUAAUAAGCCAGGGAAUCAAUGAAAUAAAUUGUGUGAAUGUGA